AUCGAAUAGACGACAAUUGGGGUUCCAUCUCUGCAACCGACGCGGACAUUAGAAGAAACUUACUAAAGUAGAGUAAAUUAAUUAAUUAAUCAGCCGAGGCAGACAUCACGAUCAAUGUACAUGGAGAAUGCCGAAAAAGACUGAAUUCCACACCGCGCAAGGGCAAGUGCAAUAAACGCCGAGUGCGGCGAUCAAAGAACGCAAUAUAGAAAAAGUGAGGCACACGAAAAAAAACUCAUUUCGCUGCCUGUGUGUAAAUGCAAAUGGUUUAUUUUUGUGCAGCAACAACAACAACACAACAUCAGCAUCAACACAGAGGCAGAAAAGGCGAAAAUAACUAGUAAAGCUAAAUAUGAAUAAAUGUGUAUGUGUGCGGGUCGCGUUAAAGAAAAUUAGAUAAAAAGCCAAAUGAAAUUAGCUCACGCCUGAAUUUCGAGUUUCGGUUCGUUGCAAGGUGAACGAAAAGGCGAAAAGCAAUCAAAACAGUUUUUCCAUUUUCCCAGUGUGCGUGUGCAGUAGCAAAACCACCUGCAUUGGUUAUAUAUAUAUGCGGUUAAAAAAACAACAAAUUGCUAGGUAAAAAACGGAACUUGCACCUAGGAUAUAUACAAACACAUGCUGGCUGUAUGCGUGUGUGUGUGUGCAUGGCCGUAAAGGCUGACUGACUGAUAAAAAAGGAAACAAAAAAAUAACAAGAAAAAUAAUAUAUACACAUAGACACACACCAACGCAGCGGGCCACCAAUACCUCGGCACAAUUUCUUGGAGGCAGCCUGUCAUAAAUAAGCACAAGAAAGCCGUUGUCGAAGCAACCGGGAGGGCAAAGAACCUGAACCUGGCGAGAAUUGCAGGGACCCAGAAGAAUUGUAGACACAUUCGUGCCGUUGCGAGAACCCUUCCAAUGUCCAAUAAAAUCAACCCGAAGCGCCGCGAACCGACAGCAGCAGCAGCAGGAGCCGGUGCCACGGGAGUGGCCCCCAACACGAGCACAUCGACCGGAUCCUCCAGUGCCGGCAACACGUCCUCGGCCAACACAUCCUCGUCGUCCAGCUCCUCGCUGUCGUCCGCCGGUGGCGGUGAUGCGGGCAUGUCCGCCGACUUGACCUCGCUGUUUGAAUGCCCCGUGUGCUUUGACUAUGUGCUACCGCCGAUCCUGCAGUGCUCCAGCGGGCACCUGGUGUGCGUGUCCUGUCGCUCCAAGCUCACCUGCUGCCCCACCUGCCGCGGUCCGCUGGCGAAUAUCCGCAACCUGGCGAUGGAAAAGGUUGCCUCGAACGUCAAGUUCCCGUGCAAGCACUCCGGCUACGGAUGCACCGCCUCGCUGGUUUACACGGAAAAGACAGAACACGAGGAGACGUGCGAGUGCCGGCCCUACCUGUGUCCGUGCCCGGGCGCCAGCUGCAAGUGGCAGGGCCCGUUGGACCUAGUCAUGCAGCAUCUGAUGAUGUCGCACAAGAGCAUUACAACGCUGCAGGGCGAGGACAUCGUGUUCCUGGCCACAGACAUCAACCUGCCCGGCGCCGUCGACUGGGUAAUGAUGCAGUCCUGCUUCGGCCACCAUUUUAUGCUCGUGCUGGAGAAGCAGGAGAAGUACGACGGACACCAGCAGUUCUUUGCAAUCGUUCAGCUAAUAGGGUCGCGCAAGGAAGCGGAGAACUUUGUCUACCGCCUAGAGUUGAACGGAAACCGACGCCGGCUGACCUGGGAGGCAAUGCCGCGUUCGAUUCACGAGGGCGUCGCUUCCGCAAUUCACAACUCGGACUGCCUGGUGUUCGACACGUCGAUUGCGCAACUGUUCGCCGACAAUGGCAACCUGGGCAUCAACGUGACCAUAUCUCUGGUCUAAACGCACUGUCAAUUCGUCGAGUUCUUUCAUUUCUUGUGUUUACUAUUCCGAUACAAAUACAUAUAUAGUUUAUAGCCCUCUGUUCGCAUCAGGCGUCUAACUCGUGGACAGAUUGUGAGUCUGGAGAUUAAGAAGAAUGAGUUUUGCAGAGUUGUUUUAUAAAAAUGAUUCUCUAUUCUAAGAGCCACUUACAUGCAUAUGUAUAUAUAUCUAUGGAAAUAUCAGGCUGUUUCGAUUAUCACAUUCGACACGAUAUCGCAGUUUUCUUUGAUUUAUAAAUUAGGUAAAAUGAUUGUUUUGUGCUCGCACACCAAUGACAAAUUGUCUGAAUAUAAAACUGGCUAAGAGACUCACAAUUUUCCAAAUCGAAAUGGAAAGCGUUUGAAAGCUAUUGCUAAGUGAUGUUCAGUGUUUAUUGCACACGUUCGUUAAACCUGUAAAACCGCGUUUAAAGUUCGUAUUUUGAUUUUCUGUUUGCUCAUGAGUGUGUGUAAAUCGACUCAUUUGCUGAAAAAUUUCCAAUACUUUUGGCGAGAUUUCGCGGAUUUAGUUAACACAGUUUCCUGUCGAAUGCGAAAAUCGUGGCUGACCUGUAUGUUUGUAUGUCUAAUCGGUUCGAUUGGUACUCUAGUUCUAGGACAUGAUUUUUUAGUUACCGCACACAGAAUACUAUAUAUUUCAAAGUUUCAGUGUUACCCGUUUUGUUAGUUCAUGGGGUUCUGCUUUAGUUUAAUUUAGUUCGUAAGGGCCACACACCUGGAGCAGAGCUGCCUGCGCGUGCCCACGUGCCCACCACCCACUACAGUGAACGCUAGGAACACAGACCCACUCACCAAAACGAAGAGAACGGCAAGAAAGGCGAGGAGGUCACUCAUCACUCGAACAUGUACUGCAAAGUCUAGUUUAGUUAAUGUAAAUUAUUUUAUACAAUACUUGUAAAUGGUAAUAAGUAAAACGAACAGUUUAACGAAA